GUGUUGUGUUGUGUUGUGUUGUGUUGUGUUGUGUAGGAGUGCAUUAUGCAAACACUGGAGCUGACUGGUGUAGGUGUUAAGCUGUGGAUCCCAUUCUACAACGUGUUAAUGGAUCACAUCGGAUCAAUCGGAGUAAUCUGUUAAACUAGACAGGGACACAGAAGGCGUCUUGUUUAUUGCUUGAUCUCCAUGGACUGUCAUUGGGUCAAAACCGAAACCUGAAACCAUACAAAACCAACCACAUUCUCGGAAUAGCCCUUGAAAUGCCAGGCUGCUGCGCGUGCUUUCAUGGGGAUCUACUGUCUUCUUCUUCUUCUCAGCUCCUGAUAUUUUGACUCCGCGAUGGAAACCAUCAAGUCCAACCAAGAGGGAACAAAGUUGCACGAGUGUUUCGAAAGGACCAUUUCUUCUCUAGCCGUGGACGAUGUGUACGACAUUGCCAAGGUGAUCGGCUCCGAUGUGGAAAAGCUCAUCGACAGCUAUGGCAAGACGAGUGUCGAGACUCUGGUGCCUAAGAUAGUGAAAGUCCUCGAGCUCUUGGAGAGCUUCACAGCCAGCUAUCACACACAGAAAUCUAAGGAGGAAAAUCUACUGAGGGCGUUUGAAACACUACAGGUUCAAAAGAAGGAGACUAACAAGACGGACAGUCGCCAGGAAUGGCAGCAAAAGGAACAGAAAUGGAGGCUGGAGAUGGAAACAAUGCAGAAGGAAGUGAUGCAGCUACAGGAAGAGAACCAAGAGCUGCUGGGUCGCCUGGAGAGUUCCCUCUCUAAAGAAGACCGUACACAGCGUCAGGAGAGAGAAGUGAUGCUCAAACUUAAAGAGGUGGUGGAUAAACAGCGUGACGAGCUUAGAGCCAAAGUGCAGGAGAUAUCCAAGAUGUCUAAAGAGGUGGAAGCGCUUCAGGAGCAGUUGGAUCGCUUUAUGAAGAUGAACGGAGAGCUGAGGAAUAAACAGAGCAUGAUGCAGGCUCAGCUGAAGAGCACUGCCGAGAGGAAGGUAGACCUCGAGAUUGAGCUGAGUGAGAAACAGAAAGAAGUAGAACGACUCGUCACACAGCUAGAGCAGGCCAAGGCAAACACUGCUCCUAACCCGAAUAGUCCACCCAUUGACAUGACGUAUAAGGUGAUCAUUGACCUCCUGGACCCGAAUAGGCCGUGUUUCACCAAGCAAGAAAUACGAGACAUUUUGUUUGAGAGGAAUGAGCUAAAGGCCAAUCUCUUCCUGAUGCAAGAAGAGCUUGCCUUCUACCAGCGGGAGAUCCUGAACGAUGAGAGAUGUCCUGGAUUCUUAUUGGAAGCAGUGCGUGGAGCUAUAAAGAAACAGAGGACUGUCAUUAAGGCUAAAAUGCUGGGUAUACCAGAGGACGAAUGCAGCAGUGAUGAAGAGAAAGGUCCUUUGUUUGAAAAGAGAAAGGAUGAAGACUGUCCUGACAGCAGACCUCGGGAAUCACGCAUCAGAACCCUCUUUGGCUAUCUGAGCCGCUCGGGCAGUGAUAGGAGUGGCCAUCAGACCAGCAGUUCUGCAUGGGAAAUCAUCAACGCAGAUGAGCACGUGCCUGAAGUGGAGAAUGGGCCUAGAGGCUCUUCUUGAGAACCUUAAUGUUUUUCCCCAAUCACAACACCGGCAGGAGUGUGGACCUAACCAGCUAAAUCAGAAUUAGCCGUACAGCUAACCAAUGAGAGCAAAUUACCUAAAAAAAGCUCACAGAAGAUUGUAGGAUUAAAUUAAAAAGAAAAAUCAUGGAAAAUAUUUGGACUCUAAGACAGUCUGGCAUUUGUGUGAAUUUGAACAUAAUGGAGAAAAGAAAAGAGGACAUAUCCUACAAUAACAAUCUGUAAUAAUAGGUAAAUUUAUCUCAGAAAUUGUGUUUAUUAAUCGAAUAUAGAAAAGAAAGAACUCACAAUGAGCAAAAAUAUCUUAAUUUCGUUUACUAAAAAUUUGUAUUUGUGACUUUAGUUUGGUGUUGAUAUGAUAUACACCAUGAAUGUAUAUGAGGAAACAUCAUUAAUAAGAGUUUAAGGUGUUAUAUUUUUGUAAAGAGUGUAUUUUAGUAUGAUCUUUAAAGCCAAAGAUGCCAGCUUAUAUUAGAAGCAAGAGCAAAGAUAAUCACCCUGGUACUGUCUUCUGCCAGCAGGGGGCAUUACAGAGUUUUAUUUAUUUCCUUUUUUUUGGGGGGGGGCGUUAAUUUUGGGUCAAUUAACAGGACAUUUGUUUUGUACUGCUGAAAUGAUGUUAUUCUUUUAAUGUCAAAUCAUCCUUGUUUUUAAGAGUCAGGAAAAGAAAAUUCCACAAUCAAAUGUCAAAUUUCUAUCGAAUUUUAUUCAUUUAGUUUAUGACACUCUUUGAGUGGUCUUUGCAUUUAACUGCAAUAAGGAUGAACUUAUAUAAAAUAUAGGUUUUAUUCAGAAAAUUUCUGUAUUAAAUACAAUUUGCCAGCUUAUAUUUAAUCACUGGUAAGGUGAAGAACCAGCUGGUUAUGAGCAGGGUUUUAAAAAACCUUAACACUUAUUUGGAAGGCCAAAGAUUUUCGUAAAGUUGAGAUUUAUUGUGUACAUCUGAGAGGCUUUGUGUGAUAUCAUUCAGAGGAAGCUGCUGUUUCCUUUAGGGAAAAAUCAGACAGAAUAGUCUGGUGUUCAGAAAUAAAGGCACUGAGACUACGUCUGUCCUGUCCUGUCUAUACCAGUUUAAACUGCACACGUGUUAUUUACACAGAGUGAAUGUUGCUCAGAUUAUUUUUGUAUGGAGAUGUAAUAUAACUUGCCUUUGUAAUAUAAAUCUAAAUAAAUCUUUGAUGUCACUGGACUCUUGUGU